AUGGCAGCUUUUGAUGGAUUCUCCUUUAAUAGUAUGGCGAAAUGUGAGUAUCUGAGAUCAGCACUCAAGAGGGAUGGCUACACUCUCCCAAAGAAUCCCACAGAAAUCUCCAAGCAGGUUAGAGUGUUUGCGAACGAGGAGAAAAUUAAACUGGCCGAAAUGUUCCAAGACAUGGUGAAGAAAGGGUUGCGUUUUUCGUUGACCAUUGACGAAUACACUUCUUCCCAACAUAAGCGGUACAUGAGCAUAAAUGUGCACGGUGCGCAAACUUACUGGAAUUUAGGUGUCAUACAUGUCCGUGGAACAAUGCCAGCAGAAAAAGUGAAAGCAUUGGUUGACGAUCAGCUUCAAUGUUUCAAGCUUGACAUGAACCAACACAUUGUGUGCUGCACUAUGGAUGGAGCAUCAGUGAUGGUGAAGUUUGGGAGACUGGUGCUGCCGGAAUUACAGCUGUGCUAUGCCCACGCAGUUCACCUGGCUGUCACAGAUGUGCUCUACCACCGUGCCACCUCUGAUGGAGAGAGCAAAGCAAGUGAAGAAGAGGAGGAGAGCAGUGAAGACUCUGAUGACGAGUUAGCUGUGUGCGAGGAUGGGUAUCGGUCAGUGAGAGAGGACAUGUACAGGAGCGUGGAGCGAGUGCGUAAAAUUGCGAGGCACUUCCACAAAUCCCCAGUCAGCAACGACAAGCUGAGGGAAUGUGUCAAACAAGACCAGGGGAAAGAGUUGGCACUCAUCUUGGAUUGUCGCACCAGAUGGAACAGUUUGGCUGACAUGCUGGACCGCUACAUUGCACUACACAGACCAGUGACGAAGACCCUCGUUGAUAUCAACAAUGCACUAAUCAUCACCAACGAAGAGCUUGCACUCAUUCAGCAACUCAGCUCCUGCUUAAAGCCGGUGAAGAUGGGAGUCGAAUCGCUUUGUAACCGUGACACCACCCUCGUUAAAGCUGAUGGGAUUUUCAUCUUCAUGAUUGACCAGUUGACAAAGCAGGACACCCCCCUGAGCCUUGAAAUGAGGGAUGCGAUUGAGAGGAGAUUCAUGGAACGGAGACAGAAGAACUUGGUAUCUUUGUAUAGGUACCUUCUGGAUCCCGGUGUUCUAGUCGCACCAGCACCAAGGCCCACUGAGAUUUUCACCAUGCCAUCAAGACAGAUGCUGAUACGGACGGCUAAGGGACUUGUGGAGCGUCUUUUCCUCGGCCGUUUCUCCGAAGAGAGCGCGAGCGAGGGUGAUGCAGAUGCCAGACCUACAUCACCGACUGAAGACGUCUCAACUGAAGGGAACCUCAACCUAGCAUUGGAUCUGCAGCAGGCCAUUUCAAUGACCACUACGCCGGCGUCAGAUGAAAUCAAAGAGGGUGACCUCAUGAAAGUUCUGACCAAAGAGUUUUCUCUGUUCGAAGCUACAAACAGGAGACCGCCCCACCUGCAGCAGUUGUUUGAUGCCCUGCAUUCUGUUCAGGCUACAUCCGUGGAGGCGGGAGAGAGCAUUUUCUAUCUGCGGCCAAUCUGUCACUAA